AUGGUUACGGCAGACAACCUGAAUCUCGAUGUUCUCGAGUUAAUUUUUACAUUCGUCUCUGGAAAUGAUCUCGUUGCUGUCUCGUCUGUUAGCAAGUCGUUCCUCGCUGGCGUUAUUCCGUGUUUGUAUGCCACGGUCUCUUUCACCGCAAAGCAUGCCAAACGAUAUAGGCCCGAGGGAGGGAUAAUGUCACCAUUCCUCACCCUCCGCCAUCACCCUGAUCUAGCUGUCCAUGUUCGUCACAUUGACAUACAUUGUGCACCGUUCGUCGCGGUUGGACAAGUGCAUCCGAAAUUCCUGUCGGAAACUGCGGACGCACUGAAGGUUUGCAAAAACCUAACAUCGUUUGUGUGUGGGCCGAGGAUCCUCCCAGCCCUGCUCAGCUCCCUGCAGGGGAAAAAACGCUUGCAGGAUGUGCACGUCUAUGCCGCACUCACAACGACACAAGGGGAGAUGCUGCAAAAAAUCACAACGCUGCGAAGCCUGACUCUGGACUACCCGACCUGGAAUGUUGUAGAUUCGCUGACGAGAUGGGCGCAGUCGUUACAACGGACACUUUCGCACCUCACGAUCUUUAUGUCUCAAGAAGUGAAUGGCAUACUUUUGGAAGCCUUGCUCUGCCUGCUGCCUCGUCUUCGUGGGCUGCACGUCAUUGGAUGUUCAAAGGCUCCUCAUACAGUAGUCAUCAAAGCUGUCACAGCAUACACCCCAUCGUUGAAGGAAUUUUCUUUCACUAUAUUCGAAAAUACCCCUCCACCAAGUAUUUUUUACCCACUUGCUAUCACCUUACCCAACCUGCGGCAUCUCGCUAUUGAUGUGCGCCCGAUAUCUGAUAUGACGGCUGUGACAAUUUCAUCGCUCUUUGUUUCAUUGACCUCCCUGUCUACACUUGUGCUCAAGUUUGCGGAUCGUCAGCUCCCUAUGUGGAACUCUGUCAUUGAUCUCAUUGCUCCGUCUAACGGCGUCACAAUGCCUUUAAAACGUCUUGCUCUCAUGGACUGUGCAGUCUCAAUCGACAUGGUUGGAAAGCUAAGCUCGAGGUGCAAAGAUCUGGAAAUGCUGGAAAUACCACUGCCAAUCAAAGACAUUCAAGCCUUUACUACAGCAAUAUCAAGUUUGAAAGAAUUGCACACGUUAACCGAUGUUGGUGAUGCCCACGCAAGCCACGGCCCGCGUGCGACCUUGGCAAGGAAUGAUGUGAGAUACAUGAUGCAGGCGUGCGUGAAUUUGAGGACGAUAGUAAGUGAUGGGCGGACGUGGACGGGACGUCCGGAUUUUUUCAGCGGUGUAAUGGUUACACCCCAGCGUUACAAGGCCAAUGCAACACAACAUUGGUUUUCCCCUUUAAAGGAAGAUUCAUAUCCGAGUUAA